UCCUAAACAAUGAGCAAUUUUAACUUGUUUUGGUAGAAAAGUUCAACUUAUCAAUAUUUUAGGGCCCUAAAUUAAAUUUGCUGUGGGGCUUCGUGACAUUUUGUUACUCCACUGGACAGGACACUACAAAAUAUACAUUAUGUGAUUAUGCUGGGACCAGGGCCGGAACUAGGGGUAGGGAAAAGAGGCACGUGCCUAGGGGCAAAGCUUGAGGGGUGGCAGGCAUGUACCUCAUAAGCAGCCUAGUCGGCCUCUGAAAAAGGUUAAACAGGUGCUGGCCCACACAGAGCAUCCAUUCCCAGUCUGAGCAAAUCUGCGCACACGUGCCCUGUCUUACACACAGCCAAGUGGGGGGUAGGCACAACAUGGCCUGGUGAUUGGUCGGGUUGCCAGGGCCGGAAAUAGGGUUAGGCAGCAGAGGCACGUGCCUAGGGCAGCAUAUUCCUAGUUUGCCAUUGAAAAAGGUUACGCAGGUGCUGACGCAGGGUUCCCCCCGUUUGCGCCCGCACGUCCUCGUUUGCGCAUGGGAUGGGGCUGGUGCGCCGGCAUUGCCCUGCUGGUUGCCACGACGACACAUUCGCUUUGACAGCAGCAUACACGUCAUCAGUAGCAGGAAGCCGGAAGCUUCAGAUCCGGCAGUGUUUAUGCUGGCGUGAGAGCAGGGUUACUGUGUUGCGGGUUGGAAUCUUGAUAGAGCUAGGAAACAUGAUAUCAGAGGGAGGUUCGUUUAUGCGGGGCAUGUUGAUAGGAGGAGGCUUCUGUGUAGUCAUCACACUUCUUGGACAUAUUAAAGUUGGACAAGAACAUGGCAUCUCCCAUGAGCAUCAUCACAUUCAGGCACCAGAUAAGGAGCAAGUUAAGAGGCUCUCGGAAGCUGAACGCAUGGAACUUAGCCAGAGCAUGCGAGUGUAUUGUAUAAUCCUUGUCAGGCCUAAAGACUUAAGUCACUGGGCCGCAGUUCGUGAAACCUGGAGCAAACACUGUGAUAAAGUUGACUAUUAUAGUUCAGAACAAAUGAAAGUGUUUGACUCCAUCUCUGUCGACACCAAUGACAUGUGGGUGAUGAUGCGAAAAGCCAUUGAGAAGGCCUAUGAGAACAACAAGAACGAGUACAACUGGUUCUUUAUAUGCACACCUUCCACCUUUGCAGUGAUUGAAAACCUUAAAUAUUUCCUACUUCAAAAGGAUCCUUCUCAGCCUUUUUACAUAGGCCACACUUUGAAAUCCGGAGACUUGGACUAUGUUGACAUCACUGGUGGCAUUGUAUUAAGCAUUGAGUCACUGAAUCGCCUUUCCUCCAUUUUCAAGGAGCCGGAGAAGUGCCCAGAGCAAGGCGGCUUAAUAUUUAAAAUGUCUGAGGACAAGCAGCUGGCAAUGUGUCUCAAAUACAAGGGAGUCUUGGCAGAAAAUGCAGAAGACUCCGAAGGUAAAGAUGUGUUCAACACAAAAUCUGUUGGAGCGCUCAUUCAAGAAGCCAUGGCCAACAAUCCCCAAAAAGUGGUGGAAGGAUGCUGCUCAGACAUGGCAAUCACAUUCAGUGGUAUAUCACCCAAUGUCAUGCAUGUCAUGAUGUAUGGUGUAUACAGACUGAGAGCAUACGGACACAGUUUUAAUGAUGCUCUUGUUUUCCAUCCCAAACCUGAUUCAGACAAUGACUAAUAUUUGGGAAUCAUGGCUGUCACCAAUUCUCACUGAGAUUUUUGUACAAAAAAAAAAGGUGAUUGUACCAAUAUCACAAUUGCAGUAGAAGGAUUUGUGGUUUUCUUUUCUGUUUUUUGUUUUGGUCAAGAUUAUUUAAUCGAAAAAAAAUGUUUGGAGUCACAACCUGAUCAAAGUGUUUUGUGACUUUUGCAACCGGUGCAUUUUGUUUGCACACAAGAGAGAAGUCAAUUCCACCUGGCCGCUGUGGUGAAUUACUUGUUGGCUCGGAAUGAGAUUGUACACAAAUUUUAGACACUGACAACUUUUGCACUCAAAGUCUAUUUUUUAUAACUGUGGAAGAUGGCUGUGCAUUUGUUUUUUUUAUGUAAAUUGAGCUCUUUUAGGAUUUUUGUUUGGGGCUACUCCCUGUGGGAGGCUAAAUAUGCUUAACAUUUUAGUGGGUGCUGCCUUUCAGACUAGGGUAUGACCCAAAAACACCAACUUUCAGGUUACAGUUGAAGUCCCAGCAUCCUUGUAUUCAGGGUAACAGCUGUCAGAAAUGUCCCUAAGGUAACCCAGCGUCAUUGCCAAAUUUUCACAUUAUCAUUUUAUGUUCUAGCCUUUUCAGUGUAUUGGUGUAUUACUUCAACAUUCAGAGCUAAUUCCCUCCUCACUUAGAAUUGGUGACCGUGAAUAUUGAAAAAACUCCCCAUGGUAUUUUUAUUUGGAGGGAUUCAGAUGAAUUUCUAUUGUGGUUCUAAACUAUAAAGGUCAAAGCUUGUUGCCUGGUAACUAGGGUUGGCACCUGUCUGGAUUUCACCUGGACAGCCUGGUUUUAGGAAGAGCUGCCCAGGUGAAAAGUUCCUGUUCGGAUUUCCAAAUUUGAAAAUCCAGACAGGACAUUGAAGUGAAUGACAUGGCUGAUCGCCAUGUCACUCACCCCCGAAGACCGUUACUCUGCAUGCAGAGGUCAAUGCAACACUUUGGGGCAUAUUUAUCAAAGGGUGAAGUUAGAGAUCACCAUAGUCCAUUAGAGUGAAAUUCCGCCCCUCUCCAUUCAUUUCUAUGGGAUUUUUAAAAGAGUAUUUAUCAAUGGGUGAAAGUCAAAGCUUGUCCUUUGAUAAAUACGCCUUUAAAAAUCCCAUAGAAAUUAACGGAGAGUGGCGGAAUUUCACUCUAGUGGACUGUGGUAAUCACUAACUUCACUCUAAAUAUACCCCAUUAAGUAGUGGGCUAUGCAGGGAGGGGGCCAAUGGAGUCUACUGGAUGGGAUUUUCUUUUUGGGAUGGAUAGUUCUCCUUUAAGGGGUUGUUCGCCUUUAAAUUAACUUUUAGUACGUUUGGGCAACUGGUUUAACACCAGCUGUUUCAGUCUUGAUUCAAAUCCCAUGAAAUUCAGUGUAGGCAGUGGGCUAGACUGCCAGACUGCAACGGUGGCAGUUUAUACAGUAGGUGUUAAGGAUUAACAGGAAUUGUUCAGUGUGAAAAUAAAAACUUAGGCUGCACAAAAUAAAAAAUGUUUCUAAUAUAGUUAGUUAGCCAAAAAUGUAAUGUAUAAAGUCUGGAGUGACUGAAUGUCUAACAUAAUAGCCAUAACACUACUUCCUGCUUUGCAGCUCUCUUGGUUUCCAGGGCCGGAUUUACAUAGUGGGCACCCCUAGACCCACUGACGGUUGUCACCGUCGUCCCCUCCCUUUUAUUUGUGCAAAUUUUCUUCUUCAGGACUGGAGUAGAGGGGAUUGGCAAACGGGAAAUUUAACAAACAGGAAGUUGUAUUCUGUUAUGUUAGACAUCUGCUCACUCCAGCCUUUAUAGAUUAUAUUUUUGGAUAAAUAUAUUAGAAACAUUUUUUAUUCUGCACUUCCUAUCUAUUUACCCAGUUUUUAUUUUUACACUGAACUGUUCCUUUAAUAACUAAAAAUUGCCAUUAUCACUGAAGCCAUAAAAAAAUGGGAAAAUCAGCAUUACUAUAACCAUAUGACAAUGAAGCAUUCAUUCUCAGAAGUUCCUGUUUGCUAUACAGUAUGUCCUUAACUAGUGUUGUGCUGGUUUUGAUACUAAGGGGGUUAUUUACUGAUCAAAAUAGUUUUUCUGGUGUCAAAUCAGAAAAAAUUGCACAAAUCAAUUUUUUCACAAUUUUAUCUUUUCCUGCACCAGAUUUUUUUUUCGAGUAAAUUUAUUGAUAAAUACGGUAAAAAUUUGCACGGGAGUUUGGUCGCAGUGCUGUUAAGAAAAUGAGACAUUUCCGAAUUUUAGUAAAUAACCCCCCUAAAUGUAGGCAGUUUUCAUGAGAUAACCCAUGGUACACAUGGAGUACAUAUCUUUGUCCUGUAAAGGUGGCCAUAGACGCACAGAUUAUAUCGUACAAAACAAAUUUUUGCACGAUAUUCGGAGCGUGUAUGGUGGGAAAACAGCCAACCAAUAUCGGCAGUAAACUUGGAUUUCAGUCGGCUCGUUGAUCGGGCUGGACGGAAAAUUCUGAUCGGGUGCCUUUGAAGGCACUCAAGCAUUGUCCAUUGUUAGUGCCGAAUCGUAGAAUUCUAUUGUUUUUACCUGUAUAUCUGACGAUUCAGCGCUACAUGUGUGUAUUGAAACGAAUGAUCUUUCCAAGAAAGCUCUUAAUUGUUAGGUCUAUGGCCACCUUAAAUCUUUCUGAUUUCAAUCCACCUACUAGGUGAAUGCUUCCAGGUAGGAUCGUUGACCAUUGUAGUCUGACUGCUCUGUUACUGUAUAAAGAUAGCUAGAAUCACAGCUCUAUAGCCUAUGGCAAUUUUUUU